AUGGCAGCUAAAAUCUUCAUCACUGGAGUUACUGGCUACAUCGCCGGCGAUGCCCUUUACGCUUUGAAUCAAACCCACCCAGACUACGAGUACUCUGCCCUUGUACGCACGCAAGACAAAGCCGAUCAAGUCAAGGCCGCAUACCCAAAGAUCCGAAUAGUACUAGGCGGUCUUGAUGAUAGCCAGAUUCUCGAGGACGAAGCAGCCAAGGCCGACAUUGUCCUCCACGCCGCCGAUGCCUCCGACCACGAAGGCGCGGCGAAAGCGAUCGCCAAGGGAAUUGCAAAGGGGCAUUCAAAGGAGAUCCCUGCAUUCUGGUUGCAUACUGGCGGCACUGGCAUUUUGACGUACUUCGAUUCGAAGGAUGAGCGGUUUGGAGAGUGGGAUGAGAAGGAGUUCAAUGACUGGUCUGGCGUGGAGGAACUCACGAAUCUCCCUGAUGAGGCUUUCCACCGCAACGUCGACAAGAUCGUACUGGAGACUGGCAUCAACAAGGCAGACUCAGUCAAGACGGCCAUCGUCUGCCCACCAACCAUCUACGGCAAAGGCCGCGGCCCCAUCUCAGGACGUAGCCGACAGGCGUACGAGCUUGCGAAACUUGUCCUGCGCAAGGGCUAUGCACCCAUCAUCGGCAAAGGCAAAGCUCGCUGGAACAACGUACAUGUACAUGAUCUCUCAGACAUCUGGGUCGGCCUCGUCGAAGCAGCCGUAGCGAAGAAGCUGGAUGCCGAACUUUGGGGUGCAAAGGGUUAUUACUUGGCCGAGCAUGGCGAGCACGUCUGGGGCGACUUGUCGAGGUUGAUCGCGAAGACUGCAGCGGAUCUCGGGUAUAUCUCAAAGGACUGGAAGGAGCAGCCUCUUGAUCAGAAAGAGGCGUUUGAGAUCGCGGACUUCCAGGCGCUGAGCUGGGGAUUGAACUCGAGGGGCAAAGCCGAGCGGGCGAGUAAGUUGUUGGGAUGGAAGCCGCACCGGCCGAGUGUUGAAGAGGAGGUGCCGAAUAUUGUGGAAGAGGAGAAAGAGAGGUUGGGCUGA